AUGGAACCAAUUUUUGUGAGGCUCUUUUCAAAAGGGAAUAGGAUUUCAGUUGAAGGGGAGUGCUUAGUGGUUCAAAGUUUAAAUGAGUCCAGUAGGGAAUUUGGUAAUUUUGUCAAUUUCUUGCCUACUUUACUAGCUCUGACUCAAACGAUAUUUAGAAGGAAAGAGUUGUUUGGAUUACUCAUUCGAAUUUUACAUUGCGAAUAUAAUAGAAAACAAGAUUAAUCUGAGAAAAAUAUGACAGAGAUUCCAAAUUUAUCUGCUAAUUUUUAUUCGAUUUAUGUAUAGAAAGGAAAGUAGAUGGCAUCACCUAAGCAGAUGGACAAUAGAUCCGGUUCAUAGGUUUAAAAUGAUUCAAAGGAAUCCUAGAGUGAUUUAAAAAUUACUUAAGGCCGCAAAAUAGUUAAACAAAAGGGGAAAAAGUACAUGAAGAUCAGAUUGAACACAAAGCAAUAACUCUAUACUAUGGUGCAAAGAUAGGGGAUGAAAAUUAAGGAUGCUGCUCAAAUGUUAGGUAUCAAAUAUGCAACGGCAAAGACCAUAAUAUUUCACCAGAGACAAAAGAGGAAGGCGAAAAGGAAAUGUGGGGAGAGAAUGUGCGGAUAUACUGGAAUAGUUGGAAAUAGAGUUUCACGAUUGAAAAUAAUUUGCAUAAUUGCCAACUAGAUUGUGCAUUAACAGGAUUACAAUUCAUGA